AUGGCAGACGAGAGCGAUGCGGCUGGGGACCCUCAGCCGGCACCAGCCCCUAUCCGACGCCGCUCCUCUGCCAACUACCGAGCCUAUGCCACGGAGCCACACGCCAAGAAAAAGUCUAAGAUCUCCGCCUCGAGGAAACUUCAGCUGAAGACUCUGAUGCUGCAGAUUGCGAAGCAGGAGAUAGAGCGUGAGGCAGAGGAGCGACGUGGAGAGAAAGGGCGCGUUCUGAGCACUCGGUGCCAGCCUUUGGAGUUGGAUGGGCUGGGCUUUGAAGAGCUUCAGGACUUAUGCCGGCAGCUCCAUGCUCGGGUGGACAAAGUGGAUGAGGAGAGAUACGAUGUGGAAGCAAAAGUCACCAAGAACAUCACUGAGGUGGGAAUCUUGGGGAGUCUGGGCACCCUCACAGUAGACUGCCAUCCCCAGGUCUGUGGCUUCAGGCUGAGAGCUAUGGCUGUCUGGGCUUGAGAACUCGGAGCAGAAAGCAGUUAGCGGCGUGCCUACACCGUGGGAAAGGAAGUUGUUUCAGCAGAGAGACGGCACAAGGCAGCAUGACUGGACUAUUGAAUAGUAAAUUAAUUGAGACCCUGUCAGGGAGUCAAGAUCUGCACAUUGCUGGGCUGGGCUGUUAGAAGCUUUGAUGGGGCCGGAAACAUCCAAAAGAGCAUGCAUGCAGUUGGAGGCAUUUUCUCUUUCUUUCUUUCUUUCUUUCUUUCUUUCUUUCUUUCUUUCUUUCUUCCUUCCUUCCUUCCUUCC